AAUGACUAUCGCAAGCUGUCUAUGCAGUGUAAGGACUUUGUAGUGGGAGUGCUGGACCUCUGUCGGGACACGGAGGAAGUGGAAGCCAUUUUGAAUGGAGAUGUUACCGCCGAGAAGGAGGCGGGGCAGGGCCUUCGCUCUCUCCUGAGCAGGGUCAAACUGGCCAUCAAGUACGAGGUGAAAAAGGUAAGUAGGUAACAGUUUCCUUUAUCUAUCCUAAGGCCUUGCAAGUAAUUUACUUCUCUUUCUAUCUUGUAAGUUAUUUCUAGAAUAUACAGUAGUUCAGUCAAAACAAUUCCCAAGACACCCCACUUUACAUCCAAGGGACUCCAUUGCUACUUGUCUGUGUACCAGACCUGCAUCCUUGGCCCUUCUGUCCCUUCUACCCCUCUCCACCGGCCCUGCCUACAAUAUUCACCUGCCAAACUUUAACCCGAGCAAAAAAACGUAUCACGCCUUCCAACUCAUUAGGGUUACUUUUGUGAAACUAUCUUUCUCAUAUGCAGCAUCCAUCCAUUUUUCAUCAAAAUUUGGCUCUACACUUUGUGCAACAGUCAGCCAUUUUCAUUGCUUCGAUGCUGGGUGCUUUUGUUUUUUGCCAGAACUACAAUAUGUGAUACUAGAAAUCCCUGUGCUGUACCUCAAGGUUCAACGGUCAAGAAAGACUUUAUUUUUUUUAAAUUGUUUUAUUUAUUUAACCUUUAUUUAACUAGGCAAGUCAGUUAUGAACAAAUUCUUAUUUACAAUGACGGCCUACACCGGCCAAACCCGGACAACGCUGGUCCAAUUGUGCGCCGCCGUAUGGAACUAAACAUAACCUUCCUGUUCAGAGUGCCUAGAAGUAACACAGCAUAAUUCCAACCAAACCACAGUCAACAUAUGGAAUGUACAUGCUCAAUGAGCUCCAAAAGUAUUGGGAUAUUUGAAAUGGUACAAUGACUAUGAGGUUGAAGUGCAGACUGUCAGCUUUAAUUUGAGGGUAUUUUCAUCUAAUAUCGGGGUGAACCGUUUAGAAAUUACAUCAUUUUUUGUAAAUAGGACCAAAAGUAUUGGAACAAAUUCACUUAUACUGUAUGUGUAUUAAAGUAGUACAAAGUUAAGUAUUUGCUCCCAUAUUCAUAGCACACAAUGUCUACAUCAAGAUUGGGACUACAUUGCAGUUGAGAUUACAUUAAAAUGCAUUUGCUGUUUGUUUCAGAUUAUUUUGUGCCCAAUAGAAAUGAAUGGUAAAUAAUGUAUUAUGUCAUUUUGGCGUCACUUUCUUUGUAAAUGAGAAUAGAAUAUGUUUCUAAACACUUCUGAAUUAAUAUGGAUGCUACCAUGAUUACGGAUAAUCCUGAAUGAAUCGUGAAUAAUGAUGAGCAAGAAAGUUACAGAGGCAUAAAUAUCAUACCCCCCCCCCAAAAAAAAAAAAAGAAAUCUCCCCUGUUAUUGUAAUGUUGAGAGGUUAGCAUGUCUUCGGGGUAUGAUAUUUGUGCGUCUGUAACUUUCAUUCAGGACUAUCCGUAAUCAUGGUAACAUCCACAUUAAUGUAGAAGUGUUUAGAAACAUAUUCGAUUCAUAUUUACAAUAAAAGCUGACAGUCUCUUUAACCCCAUAGUCAUUGUAUCAUUUCAAAACCAAAGUACUGGAUUACAGAGCCAAAACAGCAUAAAAUUGUGUCACUGUCCCAAUACUUUUGGAGCUCACUAUAUAUGAAUAAAUAUGCAAUGAUUAUAGUUAUUAGUAAAUCCAGUGUAUGACAGUACCGAUGAUCCAAAAGAGAAAAUAAUAAUGAAUUAACGAAGAACCAACGAAAAACACAAUUGACAGCAAAAUGACCCUGAGUUUGAGGCAUUGAGGCAUGCAAAGCGCCAGCCUACCAGCCAGCCAGCCAGCCAGCCAGGCAGCCAAGCCAGUCACAUGUAUGUUAUACACCAGUCAGGCAGCCAGCCAGCCAGCCAGAUUUUUGUUCAGAGGCAGGCAGCAAACUUCUUAGUGCAGUUUAAUCACAGGACUGGGUGAGUUUUGCCUACUCUGUGGGAUUUCCUGCGCUCAAGGUCGUCCAGUGAUGUGAUGUUAAUCAAGCUAACACUUACAGGGUAUGGAUAAAGUGCUGCACUCCCUGCAUAAAGGGGCCAUCAUACACUGCAAUUUAAAAGAUUAGAUUUUGACAAUAUAAUAUAAACCUCACUAAGGCCUUCUUCUUCCUAUAAUGUGUGAGGUUCAUUGAGGUGUUUGCAUGAUGGAAAUGAAACCGACAUUAAGUUGAUUGAUUAAUUGGCAGCCGUGGCCACAAUGGUAAAGGAUGUUGGAUCCUACCCUCUGGGCACACCACGUCAUUUCAACGUGGAGCAUUGGGUAAUAUUUGUUAGAUACAUUGAUCAAUGAGAUUCCAACCUAUUUUCACCCACACAAAAAGACAGCCAAAAGUUUGUUGAAAUCCCAAUGCGUUAUUGCUAUGCUUUCAACCAUCUAGAAGAGCAAACAAAUUCCAAUAGAAAAUCUGUCCGAUUUUUGGUUUAGUUGUCACCUAAAUGUGUAAUCACUGCACUUUUAACCAUUUUUAAAGCACACCGAAGUUCAAAUGGGAAUACAAUGUCAGAUAUUUAGUUUAUUUAUACAACAGCUUAAUGUGUUAUCACUGUGCUUGAUUUAAUACCAAAUGACCUGGAUUGCAGUUGAGAUUACAUUAAAAGUUCAUUGUGCAAGUGAUCAAGGCUGUUGGAGAUUCUGCACAGAUUAUUAUAGCAAUUGUGAAAAUCUCCACAGACCAGCGACCUUUGCAGGCUAUCUUGAGCAUGCACGCUUUCUAUGAUUAUGUAAGAAGACAUUUAGUUACAGUUACCUCAAAAUGUGGCCAUGGAUGUGUUACUCAUUAAGGUUGAAUAAAUACUGUUACAUUAGUUGGUAUGGUAGAAUUAAGAUGUGUGGCUCAGUUGGUAGAGCAUGGCGCUUGCAACGCCAGGGUUGUGUAUUCGAUUCCCACAGGGGGCCAGUACAGAACAAAUAUAUGAAAAUGUAUCCACUUACUACUAUAAGUCGCUCUGGAUAAGAGCGUCUGCUAAAGUGUAAAUUAACUUUAGGCUAUAUACUGUAUUACAAAUUGAUAUUACCAAAUAUCAACAUUUGAAGGAUAUAUCUUUUGCCACUGAUUUAUUCUGGCUUUAUUUCCAGUUUGUCUACAAAGUAAUAAUUUAUAUGUGGAUUCACAUCUCCAUCUCAACCAAAAAUGUAAGUUAAAGAAUAGGACUACAUCAAAUGAAACUUUAUUUAAAGCGCAUUUAAAGUUUGAUUUGAUUUAGUGUCACGGUCAUUGAGAGACGGGUCAGACCAAGGUGCAGCGUAGUAUGCAUACAUGUUUAUUAGAACGAAUAAACACUCGACAAAACAACAAAAGCAACGUAACCGUGAAGGUCCUAAGGGCUAACACCACAUCCUAUCAGGAACACAAGAUCCCACAACUAAGGUAGGCAACCAGGCUACCUAAGUAUGAUCCCCAAUCAGAGACAACGAGCGACAGCUGCCUCUGAUUGGGAAUCACACCCGGCCAAACCUAGACAUACACAUACUAGAUCUCCAACAUAGAAUAUGAUCACAUAGAUCUCAAACUGAAACUCACACCCUGACCCAACCAACAAGAGUUCUCUAGGUCAGGGCGUGACAUUUAGUCCUAUUUUUUUAACAUACAUUUUUGGUUGAGAUGGAGAUGUGAAUCCAACAUCUCAAUUUGUAGACAAACUGGAAUUAAAGCCAGCCGAAGUAUGUGGCACAGACGGAACUAUCCAAGCAGAAGAUACAUAUCCUUCAAAUGUUGAUAUUUGGUUGUGUUGACUACCAAACACAAUGUAAUAUCCAGUUUGUCUGCAAAUUAAUAAUUGAUAUGUUGGAUCCAUCUCAACCAAAAAUGGAAACAGGAGACAAAGGGCUGUGAGACAGAGGUUUAAUCCUAGACACGUGAAAAGUGGGAUGUACAGUUGAAGUCGGAAGUUUACAUACACUUAGGUUGGAGUCAUUAAAACGUGUUUUUCAACCACUCCACACAUUUCUUGUUAACAAACUAUCGUUUUAGCAAGUCGGUUAGGACAUCUACUUUGUGCAUGACACAAGACAUUUUUCCAACAAUUGUUUACAGACAGAUUAUUUCACUUAUAAUUCACUGUAUCACAAUUCCAGUGGGUCAGAAGUUUACAUACACUAAGUUGACUGUGCCUUUAAACAGCUUGGAAAAUUCCAGAAAAUGAUGUCAUGGCUUUAGAAGCUUCUGAUAGGCUAAUUGACAUAAUUUGAGUAAAUUGGAGGUGUACCUGUGGAUGUAUUUCAAGGCCUACCUUCAAACUCAGUGCCUCUUUGCUUGACAUCAUGGGAAAACCAAAAUAAAUCAGCCAAGACCUCAGAAAAAUAAUUGUAGACCUCCACAAGUCUGGUUCAUCAUUGGGAGCAAUUUCCAAACGCCUGAAGGUACCACGUUCAUCUGUACAAACAAUAGUACGCAAGUAUAAACACCAUGGGACCACACAGCUGUCAUACCGCUCAGGAAGGAGACGCGUUCUGUCUCCUAGAGAUGAACGAACUUUGGUGCGAAAAAGUGCAAAUCAAUCCCAGAACAACAGCAAAGGACCUUGUGAAGAUGCUGGAGGAAACGGGUACAAAAGUAUCUAUAUCCGCAGUAAAACAAGUCCUAUAUCGAUAUAACCUGAAAGGCCGCUCAGCAAGGAAGAAGCCACUGCUCCAAAACCACCAUAAAAAAGCCAGACUAUGGUUUGCAACUGCACAUGAGGACAAAGAUCGUACUUUUUGGAGAAAUGUCCUCUGGUCUGAUGAAACAAAAAUAGAACUGUUUGACCAUAAUGACCAUCGUUAUGUUUGGAGGAAAAAGGGGGUUGCUUGCAAGCCGAAGAACACCAUCCCAACUGUGAAGGACGGGGGUGGCAGCAUCAUGCUGUGGGGGUGCUUUGCUGCAGGAGGGACUGAUGCAAUUCACAAAAUAGAUGGCAUCAUGAGGAAGGAAAAAUAUGAGGAUAUAUUGAAGCAACAUCUCAAGACAUCAGUCAGGAAGUUAAAGCUUGGUUGCAAAUGGGUCUUCCAAAUGGACAAUGACCCCAAGCAUUCUUCCAAAAUGGCUUAAGGACAACAAAGUCAAGGUAUUGGAGUGGCCACAAAGCCCUGACCUCAAUCCUAUAGAGAAAUUGUGGGAAGAACUGAAAAAGUGUGUGCGAGCAAGGAGGCCUACAAACCUGACUCAGUUACACCAGCUCGGUCAGGAGGAAUGUGCCAAAAUUCACCUAACUUAUUGUGGGAAGCUUGUGGAAGGCUACCCGAAACGUUUGACACAAGUUAAACAAUUUAAAGGCAAUGCUACCAAAUACUAAUUGAGUGUAUGUAAACUUCUGACCCACUGGGAAUGUAAUGAAAUAAAUAAAAGCUGAAAUAAAUCAUUCUCUCUACUUAUAUACUUAUAUUCUAAGGAUUUUAUAGAUGGGGAAAGGUCUGAAAAAGCGGGUGGAAAGUUCACGGGACUACACCCGGAGGGUCAGAUCCCAAGUGGACAGCCAUACCCUCUGCCCGAGACAAUAGCGGGGAGCAGGGGCCCAGUGGCGGUCUGCCUGUCGCCGAUACCGGGAGGUGGUCUUGAGAAGAGUGGACCGGGCUCUCUUCCAGGUACGGCGACAGCGGCGGACAAACAUCUGGGCAGAGGGUAUGCUGACUUCUUCCUCUUGCUUAGGGAAGAGCGGGGGCUGAUAUCCCAAGGAACACACGAAGGGCGAGAGACCAGUGGCCGAGCAGGGAAGGGUGUUGUGGGCGUAUUCCACCCACACUAGUUGCUUGCUCCAGGUGGUGGGGUUGGCAGAGACGAGGCAAGGAAGAGCUGUCUCCAGGUCCUAAUUGGCUCGCUUCGACUGGGGAUGAAAACCGGAGGACAGGCUGGCCGACGACAAAAUUAGGGUUGAGAACGCCUUCCAGAACCGGGUCGAGAACUGAGGACCGCGAAGUCCAUGGAUCCGGAAGAUGUGCUGCACCAUGAGCUGGGCCACCUCCUUCGCUGAGGGUAACUUGGGAAGGGGAAUGAAAUGGGCGGCUUUGGAAAACCUAUCCACCACCGUAGGGAUAGUGGUGUUGCCAUCUGAUGGAGGGAGACCAGUGAUGAAGUGUUGUGGAAUGGCAUCUCAUGAAAAAACAGCUGAUCAUCACAGUCAUUGCCUGGGGGUGCAUUAAACAUCAAAACUGCAGUCAUGUGAGAAGCUAAAGCGAACAGAUCACUUUACAACAGGCUAGCAUCAUAAUAAUACCAGCCAAGAAAACUAAACCAACUAUAACCCACUGGGCUAUCUGUGAUCCCCAGGCCUCGAACAAACCCUCUGACCAUGUGGUAAGCUGCCACCCCACCGGUCCCUGAUGACGUUUGGCAGUGUCUGCAAUACAAUUGGCCAGAUGAGUCACAUUAAAGGCUACAUCUGGGACAAAAGUGCAACACUCAUCUCCAAUUAUUGCACACGUGCCACCCUGGCCUGCCAAAAGGUAGUCAAGCGCUUUCUGUUUUGCAGGACAAGUGUUCUAAAUUGCUUAACUUCCCCAUUUAGAGCCACUAGAGCAUCUCUGGUGGCAUUUCCCAUUUUCUCAAUUUUCAUUACCAAAUCACGAAUUUGAUCAAGGGCACAAGCUACCCCAUAUAAAGGCACGAGCACACCCAGAAACCACGAGCCAGAUGUCUGAACGUGAGUGAUACCAGCAAGGGAGCGCUUUGUUCUCCUUUUACGAGGAGCAAACAGGCUUCUCUCAUUUGCAUCAGUUUCCUCUAGCACCCUCAUUGCUGGAACCACAAAACCGACAGUACAUGUGCCACCCCAGUUAGGGGGCAGGUUAUAAUAGGCGUUCUUACCACACAGCCAAUAUGUUCCUGUUCAAAUAAGGGGAUCCCUUGACACAGCAUUAACUUUCACAAAAAUACAAAAAUAGACAAAUUAGUCAGGCUGCAAUUGUUCACUCCCUCCUGGUCCAGUGUACAAUUGCAGACUGUCUCUCGCACAUGAUUACUACCUUUACCUUUAAUACACCAGGGGGCCACCAUAGAACCCACAAUGGGGAUAGGGGGGUUACUACUAUUAUCAGGACGUGCAUAAGCAUCACAGAGUUUGGGGGCUUUAUACAUCUGGUAAAAGGUCAUGUCGUCUGGUCUCUUUGGGGGAUAGGUUAAAGGGCGGGACUGACAUCACACUUAGGGUGUAAUUCACUCUCAGGGGGACCCCCAUAUAUGGUAGUCCCUUGUUUCGCCCUUGAGGAGCAAGCCCACAGACCCAACAUGACCUCUCACCAACUGUUGCUGUAGCCACCAACAGCUCUACUCAGAAAAAAUGUGUGCUGUUCUUCGACAGGGGGGGUGGUUCCUUCAAUGCCCUCCCCUGUCUGCUGCUUCUAACUUCUGGGCCUAUACUCCGGGCCUGCGUUGGUCCCUUUGGCUCAGGACUCCUUCUACGAUGACCAUCUACUUAUAGUCAUCAUAGACUUGAUAUCUUCCUCUCUCAGUCUUCUUUCUCUUUCCUCUCUCAUUCGUUAUUUUUCUCCUUCUUCAUGUUCUCUUUCACGUUCCUCUCUUUCCUUUUUAUUGCGUUCUUCUCUCUCUUUCCUCUUGUCUGUUUCUUCUCUUACUCUGUCUUCCUCUUUCCGUCUCUGGGUUUAAUCACCCUCCCAUUGACCUGGAGAGGGACAUGUUUCAGCAACGGGCAUUAUUGCUGCUGCUUCUCCUCUGCUCGCUCCACCUCCAGGCUGAUAGGGAGGGGUGCCGAUGCCAGAGUCUGGUAAUUAUCGGUCUUCAUCAUCACGUCUCUUUCGUCGUCUUCUCUUUUCCCUCUUCUUCUUUAUUUUCUUUGUCCUUCUCAACAUUGGCUUUCAACAUCAAACCCUUUGUAGUUUUCUCCUUCUGUGUCUCAGCUUCUCUCUCCCAUUUUCUAAAAUCGUCCCACUUCACUUUCUUAUUUUUCUCCUUUUCUGCUUUUUCAAGUACCUUUCGUGCUUCUUCCAGUUUGUCAGUACUCAUAGUACCUUCAAAAGGGAACACCCCGUUCGUCCACUCGGUCCAGUUCUCUGUUUGCCCCAGUACCCCCUUACCAAUUAUUUGUUCCAUUAUUGCCAGAGCCCCCCUGGGCUCCCAACAUGGAUCCUCCAUCCUACUUUUUGAGUGCUUCCCACCCAUUUUCUUGUCUAUUAAUCUUAUCCUUUACAGUCUAAGAAUUAACAAUCCACACUCUCCUUAUUCACACAGGAGGCUAUUCCUCCUGUCAAAAAGGUUAGUUAUUCACACUUAUUCUCUCAUGCAUGCAUGUUCAACACACCCCUGUACAGUAUUCAACUCCCAUUUCUCUACUUUCACUACUCGUAGCUCUCAGGCUACAUAGACAUUUCUAUUAUGCCUAGAAACAGUACUGCACCAAAUCCCCUCUCUGGGAUUUAGGAUCCUUGUCACUACUUUUAAUUUCACUACAAAUUCAUUUCAAUUGACUUACUGAAAUUCAGUGGGUUGUCCUGUUCAGAUUCGUGAAUGUGGUGCUUUCCCCCAGGCAGUCACCAGUAGAGGUCUGGUAAGUGCGGGUCCACAUCGUCUUUAGUUGGACAGGAAUUUCCCUCACUCUCCCACGGAGAGUGCCACCGGUGUCUCCUUUGCAAACCCUUACUGAUGCCUUCCCCAGACAGAAUCACACAUCCAGUUCGUGACGACAGAUUGUCAUGGAAAUUACCACUAAGGACCCCAAAGUCAAGCUUAAAUGAAUGUAUAUUUAUUCACGCCAGCGGAGAGAUUACAGACAAACAGCACUUCAUGUGGAGUUUAGUCAGAAGCUCUGACGAGGUAUUUCCCCCUCAGCAUAUUAAUACUAUCGCUACAGAUUACAUAAAGAUAGUCAAGUGCAUCCUUUCUCAGCAAAGUGUUUGCUCCCAGAGACCGGUUGCAGAGGAGGAGAACACCUGGCAACCACAGUCUGGGUUUUCAGUCAAUAUUUCCACUCCCGCUGAGCCGACCUUGUGAGAGCAAACCUCAGACACCCUGUCUGUUUACAACAGGCACAUUUCUAAGUAUGCAACAGGUCAAACAUGUAGAAUAAGUGUGAGACACUGAAGAAGAUGAAAGAGACACAGUAAAAUUCCACUACAGUAGUCCAGGGAUAUAUGGGACCAGGGGCAGUGAGGAACAGGGAGUGGUUGGAGGCCAGCCGGAGCUUGCCGUAGAGUCUUAUUCUGUGCACACAGUGCAGACGGCAAUGAACGCGGAGACGUCAGGAACCAUGGUGGGCCACCAAAAACGUUGUUGGAUGAAAGCCAGGGUCCGACGGGAGCCAGGGUGGCAGGUCAGUCUAGAGGAAUGUGCCCAUUCCAGGACCGGGGAACGGGCAGAGUCCGGGACAAACAUACAUGUUCCGCCCCCUCUAACCAGUGCCUCCACUCCUCCAAUGCCAUCUUGACCGCGAGUAGUUCUCGAUUUCCCACGUCAUAGGACUACUGUAGUGGAAUUUUACUGUGUCUCUUUCAUCUUCUUCAGUGUCCCACGUCAUAGUUCCUCUCAACGGGUUUAAGAUGAUGGGAAAGGAAAGCACAGGGAUGCAGCUUUUGGUCCUGGGCAGAACGCUGGGACAGGACGGCCCCCACUCCGACGUUCGAGGCGUCGACCUCCACCACGAACUGACGGGACGGGUCCAGAUGGUUUAAGAUGAGAGCUGUAGUGAAUCGAUGCUUGAGGUCCAGGAACGCCCGGUCAGCUGCUGGAGACCACGUGACCGGAACCUUGGGAGAGGUGAGUGCUGAGAGGGGGGAAGCAAGGGUGCUGUAACCAGGGUGCUGUAACCCCGGAUGAAGUAGCGGUAGAAAUGAGCAAACCCCAGGAAACGUUGCAGCUGCACUCUGGAUGUGGGUUGAGGCCAAUCCACCACCGCUCUCACCUUGUCAGGGUCCAUCUGAAUAUUUCCUGCAGCAAUGACGUAUCCUAGGCAGGAAAUGGUGGAGCGAUGGAACUCACAUUUCUAUGCUUUAACAAAAAGCUGGUUCUCCAGGAGACACUGAAGGGCCUGUCAGACGUGGAGGACGUGCUCUUGAGCUGAACGGGAAAAAACAAGGAUGUCGUCGAGGUAGACAAACACGAACCGGUUCAACAUGUCACGGAGCACAUCGUUGACCGGGGCCUGGAACACUGCGGGAUUGUUGGUCAGUCCAAAUGGCAUAACAAGGUUCUCGUAGUGCCCGCUAGCCGUGUUAAAGGCUAUCUUCCAUUCGUCUCCUUCCCGUAUCCAAACCAGAUGGUAGGUGUUCCGAAUGUCCAUCUUCGAGAAGAUCGUCCCCCCCUGGAGAUGCUCGAAAGCCGAGGAGAUGAGUGGUAGAAGGUAGCAGUUUUUAACGGUGAUGUCAUUAAGGCCCCGGUAGUUGAUACUCUGGAGGAGGCGAGUCGACAGCCAUCGGUGAUUCCCUAAGGAACUCGGGUGACAUCGGAUUCUCCCGGUGUUGUAGACGCCGGGGACUUCCGGGAUUCCUUGGAGGCGAGGUGGGAGCCAUGGACGAGCGAGUGUGAGUGGGAACAGACCUCCUCUCCCUCCUACGUUCCCGUAGCCGCCCAUCAAUCCGUAUGGUCAAGGCUAUGAGAGUCGAGGUCCAUGGGAAGCUCCCGGGCUGCGAGCUCAUCUUUAACUACCUCCGAUAAUCCAUAAAGGAACGUGUCGAACAGAGAUUCCGGGUUCCAGGCACUCUCGACGGCCAAAGUGCAAAAAUAUACUGCGUAGUCUACCACACUACGGGAGACUUGACGCAGUUGAAGUAGCUUCCGAGCAGCCUCUCUCCCGGACAACGGAGAAUCGAACACCUUUCUAACCUCCGCCACAAACUCCUCCAGACUGAGGCAAACGGUGGGUUGUUGCUCCCACACCGCCACCCAGGCGAGUGCCCUCCCGGACAUCAGCGUUAUCAGGUACGCUAUCUUCGAGCGAUCCGAGGGAAACGAAUAGGGCUGCAGCUCGAAGAUGAGGGAUCACUGGGAGAGAAGCGCCCGGAAGGUUCCUGGAUCUCCAGCGUAGCACCGCUGGUAGCGGGGUUACUGAGAGUCUGGGGGGUUACUGUUAUGGCUUGAUGCCUAGUAGAUCAUCUGCGGAAUUGCUCCAGACCCUCCCUGUUUCAGUCGAUAUUCUUCCGUUUUGUGCCUAAUAAAUACGACCCUCAACCUCCAUUCCAUUACUACAUUAUUGAUGUAAAUCCAAUCAGCACCUUAGUUAGUUAUAUUAACUCUACAAUAGGGUAAGAGAGUUUACAUUGAAUAUUUACAGUGUAGAGCAGUACAUUCUAUGCUGAAAAGGAGAAUCAAAUGUAGUAGCCUGAAUAGGCAGUUCUUUACUAAAGCCACUAACGGUAUUAUUACUCAUUGCCAAUAUAAAUAAUAAAUUAAAGGGGUAGUUCACCCAAAUAACAAAUUAACCUCAUUUUCUUGGAUAACUAACAAGAGAACUGGAUCCUGAGAGUCAGUGACCCAAAAAUAUUGCUUUAUUUAAACAAAUGGGAGUGGAAGAACCCCUAAUAACAUUCUAAACUAGUCAAUUAACUAAUUAGUUGGCUAUAUCAUGGACCAUGAAGCUGGAGCAUGUUAUAAAAAACUAACUCAAUUACAAAUUGCCACCUUUAAAGGCUUUAUACUCUUAUGUAUGUGUAUUCAGCCUAUUUUAUUGGCAAAUAUGUGCCAAAUGACCAUUUGCUCCAUGUGUUAAAGUGGACAGUAGGGUGCAGUCCUGGGCCAAAAAUGUAUGUAUUCUGUCGUUUUAAAAGUCAAACGUUUCCAAAUAGUUCAGAUAGUUGAAUAUAAAUGGUCAACUCAAGGCAGCGUCAUUAGUCUCUGUGAUUUUAAGUUUGAUAUAUACUAUUGUAUCAUCAUAUCUGAAGUGUGCACCUGCUAUGAUUAAUAAUGCUGAGUGUUUGGUGUAAUCACUGUGCCUUGCUGUUUUAUGGUUGUUGUUAUAUUGUCAUUAUAGUUUAUUUGUAUGUAUUAUUAUGUUGCUGCCUGUUGGCCAGGGCGCCCUUGAGAUUUGCAUUUAAAUGGGACUCACAAGGUUAAAGAGGCAAUCUGGAGUUCAAACAAUAAAUGCCGUAACCCCGCCACUUGUUUUGGAAAACAUCUGAGAGAUAGGGUUGGAGAAAUAUAACCAUUCUCAAAUUCAUAGACAGCCAUGGAUGCAAGAUCAAAAUGAUAGUUUUAACCAUGGUUUGAGGCUAUACAGUGUUUGUUUACCAUUACAGUGUUUUCAAACAAUGGAGUAAAAAAGCUUAUAUUUUGGGUUCUGAUGGGGUAAGACAGUUGAACUAAGCUCAUGAUGCAUUUAUAACGUUAUAUUCUUCAAGAAUCAAUGGAUAUAUAUUAUUCAUCUAAAAGUCCAAAAAUGGAUGUAGCAAUCACAGAUUGCCCCUUUCAAUUAAUCAUAUAGAUACAUGAAAUAAAACAAAAUCCUUAGUUGGCACUUCAGACUAACUGAAACAAAAACCAUGCCAUUACAGUUAGCUUGUAAAAUGGGAAUCGCAAGGUUAAAUAACACAUCAAAUAAAUUAAAUGUAUAAUUCACAGAGAACAGAGUUGCAUAGCAAGUUGAAUCCUUAGUUGGCACAUUAGAAAAUGUAAUCAAAUACCAUUCCAUCAGGAUAAUUAUCUUUUAAAAGCUUUUGAAAAACUUUCAGGAUGACCAAAACCACCAUUAAAUAUUUUGAACACCUACACCUUACAGACAUUUUGAGUUUCUACCUAUAGAUUUUUGGCCAGAUUUUCUCACAUUAAGUGUUUUAAAAUGUCCUUAUCCUGUAACUGCAAGGUUCAUUUUCACCUCUCAACUUGUCCCAGGCUUUUAGUACAUCCCUCACAGUCCACUCAUCCCAAUAAUUUACGAAUGUCACACAUUUCUGCCUUUCCAAAGAAUCUGGCAUGCAGUGUCAAUGAAACCCACAGAGAGAACUGUCCACUUCAUUAAUGGCUCGUGGGUUUUGAUUAAACACUUCCAUUACAGGGAACACCACCUCCCCAGGUCUCCCCACACCAGCCGCCACUGGCGAAAGCCUAAUGCAUUUCUCCCAGAUUUGAAAAAGCCAGUUAAUGUGAUUAUAUGAGACGCUCUCUCUCUCUCUCUCUCUCUCUCUCUCUCUCUCUCUCUCUCUCUCUCUCUCUCUCUCUCUCUCUCUCACGCACCACACACACACACACACACACACACACACACACACACACACACACACACACACACACACACACACACACACACACACACACACACACACACACACACACAUACACACACUAUAGGCCCACUUAAAAUGCAAAUGACCAACCAAUGAUUGGUGCCUACACUCCAGCAGUCCCUUUUCCUGGUUUCCGCCUGGUGCCUACAGAAUAGAUUCGGAACUGGGUCUUCAUCCUCAUUUUCCAGACUGAACUGUGUGGCAGCCUAGAGGAUGAACCAGGCCUGCCACUCAGCCUCUUUUCUUCCCCAGACUGCUUCCCCAUCGCAUUAACUUUUCCUGUUCUCUCUCUCCUCCCCGACAGUUUGUGGCCCACCCCAACUGCCAGCAGCAGCUGCUGACGAUCUGGUAUGAGAACCUGUCGGGCCUGAGGGAACAGACCAUCGCUGUGAAGUGCCUGGUGGUGGUGGCGGUGGCCGUGGGUCUGCCCCUAUUGGUUGUGGGCUACUGGUUCGCCCCCUGCAGUCGGGUAAGAGUACCACGUCCACUGACAUACCCGCUGAGUGUCAUUUACCAACCUGAAACACUUUGGUAAGAAUUUAGAUGUAGUAGUCAGAGCAAUGUUGAUGGAGUAUGUUGUUCACAAAAGUGCACAAACGCUCGUACGAACGUGCACACUCACACAUGCACACAGACCGGUUAACCAGGACUGCCGGAAAACGUGUGGCAAGGUGGCAUUUGCAACAGCACUUUUCAAUCAGUGUGGCAGUGCCACACCAUUUUUGAUUUAGUUUAAUAAAAUAUAUCGAUGCAAAGCAUUAAAUAGGGGCAAAGUACUGUUUUUUGGUGUUUUUUUGCCUCAUGAUUUGUCAGCUCACGCACAAUUUCUCUGUCCUUCACAUUGGAGUGCUGCUGCAGGCUCUUUGCAUGUCUUGACCAGUCAGAUUCACGGAAAUUGCAGGUUGCGCGGGCCGGGCACAAAGCUCAAGGCACGCUCUCCACUUUCCUCCGGUAAUUAUUUAGCAAGUGUCACAUCACUCCCAACAGACACAAGCAACAACUCUAUAAAUAAAUGUUGUAGCAGCCUACACCUAAACAUUAGCGAUCUGACAUGCUGUAUUGCAUGGAAACAAUACUAUUUUUGAGUGUGAUCAACUGUAGGCUACUAACAACAGAAGCUGCAUAGUCCAGCCUACUAUGCGCCUUGUCCCUCUGGCCAGGGUAAACGAAGCGGUAACGUUGGUUAUUUAUAGCCCAUUUGGUUGUGAGAAAAUGUGAAUGGGAUCAAAUUUGGUUUAUAUUCAAACUUGGGCUGACUAGGCAACCUAGUUAUUAGAACAUAGUUAUUUGCAACUCUUCAAAGUUCAAACCAAUAUAGAUGAUUGUCCCUGACCUGCUGUUUCGACUCUCUCUCUCGCUCUCUCUCUCUCUCUGACCUGCUGUCUCGACCUCUGAAUGCUCGGCUAUGAAAAGCCACCAACUGACAUUUACUCCUAAGAUGUUGAACUGUUGCACCCUCUUUAACCAAUGUGGUUAUUAUUUCACCCUGUUGGUCAUCUAUGAACAUUUGAACGUCUUGAAGAACGAUCUGGCCUUAAUGGCCAUGUACUCUUAUAAUCUCCACCCAUCACAGUCUGAAGAGGACUGGCCAACCCUCGGAGCCUGGUUCCACUCCAGGUUUCUUCCUAGGUUCCUGGCAUUCUAGGUAGUAUUUUCUAGCCACUGUGCUUCUACAUUGCUUGCUCAUUGGGGUUUUAGGCUGGGUAUCUGUAUAGCACUUUGUGACAACUGCUGAUGUAAAAAGGGCUUUAUAAAAUCAAUUAGAUUGAUUGAAUUUGAUUGAUAAUUGUUUUGCGAUAUGAAAAGUAAUAUACGCCAAGAGAGUAUAGAUAGAAGUCUGGCAUGCAAGGCCACCCACCUCCAUCAUUCCUGCCACUCAGAACCUCACAGGUAGAUCAACUGGAGUAUGUCCAGGCUGUAGAUUUCAAUUUGAAAUACAGAGGCUGUGUUGGGACAAAAUUCACCAAUUGUGAUCCCUUCAAUUAUCUCAACUCAAACCAGAGCAUAUGAAGAGUAUCGUGUCUAGCUCAUAUAAUUACAUAUAGAAUAGUAAUGUAUAGGGCCUCAUGUCCAUUACCCGAACUGUUCCUCUUAAAAGUAAAACAAAGAUAUUUACAGCCACCUGUGAUUUAAGUAAGUAAGUCUAGGAGUGUGAGAGUGUAGUGUGUUUAUUUGAUUAUAUUCACUAACCCUGCUCUGCCCAGGUGGUUUAUGGGUACAUGCCAGUAGUAUAACGAGUCUCUUGCUACGCUCCAAUGAAUGUUAGUGUUACAUUUUAUAUAUUUAGGGACGUUGUUUACCCUCUGAUAAAGCCAAGACUAAGAAUGUGUGUUUUAAUCAUAAUGGAUUUUAGGACUGGAGAGGAGCAGAGCCACAGCACAGCAUUUUAAUGGGUUAGGUGUGUGGGUACAAUGCCAAUCUGGGUUGUUGGCAUCAUUACAACGGCUGGCAUCAUUUGGAUUCAGGGGUGGCACCUUGAGAGCACUUUGAUUUGUUUUUCAGGAGACGGGGUCGUUCAGGUGCUUUGAUGGCCAAUUGGUAGGAAUAGAAAAGUGAAUUCAACAGACUAGGAGUACCUUUUCUAGUAUGCUUUAGCACGUAAUUGUAUAACACAGAUGUAUGAAAAAAACAUUUCAAGGCUUGGAACAGUUGUAUACAUCAUUAACGACACCAACAAAGUUUGUUAGAUUUUCUGAAGAAAGUCUAAAUCAAAUACUACAACCACCUCAACUGAAUUGAUUUGUGUUUGUUUUGAAAUUACUCCAGACUUCACUAUAAACUAAUUUCAAUCAGGUUAAGUGGUUGUAGCAUAGUUACUCUAUAGACUUCUUAUCGACUGAAUUCUCGCUUUGCAUCCCACUGAUCCCACUGAAGGCUUUACUUGCAAUGAUUGAUAUGUGGUUGUUUUACCUACAUACAGUUGAAGUCGGAAGUUUACAUACACCAAAUACAUUUAAACUCCGUUUUUGUCACGCUCGUUGAAGGACGGGUCAGACCAAGGCGCAGCGUGAAAUGCAUACAUGUUUAUUCAAAAGAUAAACACACGAACAAAAAACAACGUAACGUGAAGUCCUCAGGCUAAACACAAUACAAGCCUCUACACGGAACAAGAUCCCACAACUAAUGAGUGCCAACAGGCUACUUAAGUAUGAUCCCCAAUCAGAGACAACGAGUGACAGCUGCCUCUGAUUGGGAAUCACACCCGGCCAAACAUAGAAACACACAACAUAGAAUGCAAACAUAGAAAUACUAACAUAGAUAUCUACACCCUGACUCAACAUACAAGAGUCCCAUAAGUCAGGGUGUGACAGUACCCCCCCCCCCCCCCCCCCCCCCCCCCCCCCCCCCAAAGGUGCGGACUCCGACCUCACAAACCUUACAUAACAGGGUAGGGUCCGGGUGGGCAUUCCGCCUCGGAGGCGGAUCCGGCUCCGGGCGUGACGACCACAUUCUCUCAGCCUCCCCGUUGCGCCCCUGGUCUGGUCUGGACCUCGGCGCGCUGCUUCCCCUCUCCUUCCUCCCACGAUACACCAAGCCCUGUCUGGACCCUGGUGUGGGAGACCCCGAACCUGGAGAAGGGCUGACGUCUGGGUCUGGACUGGAGCCGCUGACCGGAGCUGGACUAGGCACCGGUGGAGCCGACUGCUCUGGCUCCGGAGUGAAGCUGCUGACCGGAGCUGGACUAUGCACCGGUGGAGCGGACUUCUCUGGCUCCGGAGUGGAGCUGCUGACCGGAGCUGGAUCAGCCACCGGUGGAGCGGACUGCUCUGGCUCCGGAGUGGAGCAGCUGACCGGUGCCCGACCAGGCACCGGUGGAACGGGCACGGGCCGUGCCGGACUGGACACACGCACCACUGGUCUGGUGCGAGGAGCAGGCACGGGCCGGGCCGGACUGGGAACACGCACCACUGGCUUGGUGCGGGGAGCAGGAACGAGCCGGGCCGAACUGGGAACACGCACCACUGGCUUGGUGCGGGGAGCAGGAACGGGCCGGGCCGGACUGGAGACACGCACCACAGGUCUGGUGCGAGGAGCAGGAACGGGCCGGGCCGGGCUAGUGACAUGCACCACAGGCUUGGUGCGGGGAGCAGGCAUGGGCCGUACCGGACUGGGAACACGCACCACUGGCUUGGUGCGAGGAACAGGAACGGGCCGGGCCGGACUGGCGACACGCACCACUGGCUUGGUGCGGGGAGCAGGUACGGGCCGUACCGGACUGGGAACACGCACCACUGGCUUGGUGCGAGGAGCAGGCACGGGCCGGGCCGGACUGGGAACACGCACCACUGGCUUGGUGCGGGGAGCAGGAACGAGCCGGGCCGAACUGGGAACACGCACCACUGGCUUGGUGCGGGGAGCAGGAACGGGCCGGGCCGGACUGGAGACACGCACCACAGGUCUGGUGCGAGGAGCAGGAACGGGCCGGGCCGGGCUAGUGACAUGCACCACAGGCUUGGUGCGGGGAGCAGGCAUGGGCCGUACCGGACUGGGAACACGCACCACUGGCUUGGUGCGAGGAACAGGAACGGGCCGGGCCGGACUGGCGACACGCACCACUGGCUUGGUGCGGGGAGCAGGUACGGGCCGUACCGGACUGGGAACACGCACCACUGGCUUGGUGCGAGGAACAGGAACGUGCCGGGCCGGACUGGCGACACGCACCACUGGCUUGGUGCGGGGAGCAGGUACGGGCCGUACCGGACUGGGAACACGCACCACUGGCUUGGUGCGAGGAACAGGAACGGGCCGGGCCGGACUGGGCACACGCACCACUAGCUUGGUGCGAGACGCAGGCACAAGGUGUACCGGACUGGGAACUGACGUUAGACAUCUCCGACUGUGCCAGUCUUUCACUCUCCACACCCAGUCCUCCUCCCGUGAGGACUCCUCCCUGAGCCCCCACGAGUGCAGUGGUCGGGGCUCUUCUCCAUCGAUCCCGAUCACCCUUUUAGCACCCCCCCCCCCCCCCAGAAAUGUUCUUGGGGCUGUCUCUCGGGCUUCCUCCUCGGCCGGCGCCUUCUGCGUUGCCGUUGCUCCUCUCUAAACCGGGCCUCCACUGUCUCCUCCCAAGGACGGCGAUCCAUCCCAGCCUGAAUCUCCUCCCAUGUCCAGGAUCUCCUCCCAUGUCCACGAUGUCUGCUCCUGGGCACGCUGCUUGGUCCAUUUUUGGUGGGAUCUUCUGUAACGCUCGUUGAAGGAUGGGUCAGACCAAGGCGCAGCGUGAAAUGCAUACAUGUUUAUUCAAAAGAUAUACACACGAACAAAAAACAACGUAACGUGAUGUCCUCAGGCUAAACACAAUACAAGCCUCUACACUGAACAAGAUCCCACAACUAAUGAGUGCCAACAGGCUACUUAAGUAUGAUCCCCAAUCAGAGACAACGAGUGACAGCUGCCUCUGAUUGGGAAUCACACCCGGCCAAACAUAGAAACAUACAACAUAGAAUGCAAACAUAGAAAUACUAACAUAGAUAUCUACACCCUGACUCAACAUACAAGAGUCCGGAAGUCAGGGCGUGACAGUUUUUCACAAUUCCUGACAUUUAAUCGUGGUAAAAAUUCCCUGUUUUAGGUCAGUUAGGAUCACCACUUUAUUUUAAGAAUGUGAAAUGGCAGAAUAAUUGUAGAGAGAAUGAUUUAUUUCAGCUUUUAUUUAUUUCAUCACAUUCCCAGUGGGUCAGAAGUUUACAUACACUCAAUUAGUAUUUGGUAGCAUUGCCUUUAAAUUGUUUAACUUUGGUCAAACGUUUCGUCUAGCCUUCCACAAGCUUCCCACAAUAAGUUGGGUGAAUUUUGGCCCAUUCCUCCUGACAGAGCUGGUGUAACUGAGUCAGGUUUGUAGGCCUCCUUGCUCGCACAAGCUUUUUCAGUUCUGCCCACACAUUUUCUAUAGGAUUGAGGUCAGGGCUUUGUGAUGGCCACUCCAAUACCUUGACUUUGUUGUCCUUAAGCCAUUUUGGCACAACUUUGGAAGAAUGCUUGGGGUCAUCUGCCUCUAACCCUAGGAAGCUCUUUGCCACAUUCUCCUCCCUGCUGAAUCCCCCCCCCCCCCCCCCCCCUCCUCUCUCUCUGUGGAUGACUUCGUCAACCACUUUGAAAAGAAGGUUGACGACAUCCGAUCCUCGUUUGUUAAGUCUAAUGACACUGCUGGUCCUGCUCACACUGCCCUACCCUAUGCUUUGACUUCUUUCUCCCCUCUCUCUCCAGAUAAAAUCCUGCGACUUGUGACUGCAGGCCGCCCAACAACCUGCCCGCUUGACCCCAUCCCCUCCUCUCUUCUCCAGACCAUCUCCGGUGACCUUCUCCCCUACCUCACCUCGCUGAUCAACUCAUCCUUGACCGCUGGCUAUGUCCCUUCCGUCUUCAAGAGAGCGAGAGUUGCACCCCUUCUCAAAAAACCAACACUCGAUCCCACUGAUGUCAACAACUACAGACCAGUAUCCCUUCUUUCUUUUCUUUCCAAAACUAUUGAGCGUGCCGUCUUUAGCCAACUCUCUUGCUAUCUCUCUCAGAAUGACCUUCUUGAUCCAAACCAGUCAGGUUUCAGGACUGGUCAUUCAACUGAGACUGCUCUUCUCUGUGUCACGGAGGCUCUCCGCACUGCUAAAGCUAACUCUCUCUCCUCUGCUCUUGUCCUUCUAGACCUGUCUGCUGCCUUUGAUACUGUGAACCAUCAGAUCCUCCUCUCCACCCUCUCCGAGCUGGGCAUCUCCGGCGCGGCUCACUCCUGGAUUGCGUCCUACCUGACCGGUCGCUCCUACCAAGUGGCGUGGUGAGAAGCUGUCUCCGCACCACGUGCUCUCACCACUGGUGUCCCCCAGGGCUCAGUUCUAGGCCCUCUCCUAUUCUCCCUAUACACCAAGUCACUUGGCUCUGUCAUAUCCUCACAUGGCCUCUCCUAUCAUUGCUACGCUGACGAUACACAACUAAUCUUCUCCUUUCCCCCUUCUGAUAACCAGGUGGCGAAUCGCAUCUCUGCAUGUCUGGCAGACAUAUCAGUAUGGAUGACGGAUCACCACCUCAAGCUGAACCCUGGCAAGACGGAGCUGCUCUUCCUCCCGGGGAAGGACUGCCCGUUCCAUGAUCUCGCCAUCACGGUUGACAACUCCGUUGUGUCCUCCUCCCAGAGUGCGAAGAGCCUUGGCGUGACCCUGGACAACACCCUGUCGUUCUCCGCUAACAUCAAGGCUGUGACCCGAUCCUGCAGGUUCAUGCUGUACAACAUUCGGAGAGUACGACCAUGCCUUACACAGGAAGCGGCACAGGUCCUAAUCCAGGCACUUGUCAUCUCCCGUCUGGAUUACUGCAACUCGCUGUUGGCUGGGCUCCCUGCCUGUGCCAUUAAACCCCUACAACUCAUCCAGAAUGCCGCAGCCCGUCUGGUGUUCAACCUUCCCAAGUUCUCUCACGUCACCCCGCUCCUCCGCACACUCCACUGGCUUCCAGUUGAAGCUCGCAUCUGUUACAAGACCAUGGUGCUUGCCUAUGGAGCUGUGAGGGGAUCGGCACCUCUGUACCUUCAGGCUCUGAUCAGUCCCUACACCCAAACGAGGGCAUUGCGUUCAUCCACCUCUGGCCUGCUGGCUCCCCUUCCUCUGCGGAAGCAUAGUUCCCGCUCAGCCCAGUCAAAACUGUUCGCUGCUCUGGCACCCCAAUGGUGGAACAAGCUCCCUCACGACGCCAGGACAGCGGAGUCACUCACCACCUUCCGGAGACAUUUGAAACCCCACCUCUUUAAGGAAUACCUGGGAUAGGAUAAAGUAAUCCUUCUACCCCCCCCCCCCCCCCCCCCCCCACAAAAAAAAUUAAAAACAUAUUGUAAAGUGGUUAUCCCACUGGCUAUAGGGUGAAUGCACCAAUUUGUAAGUCGCUCUGGAUAAGAGCGUCUGCUAAAUGACGUAAAUGUAAAUGUAAAUAAGUUAAAUGCACCAAUUUGUAAGUCGCUCUGGAUAAGAGCGUCUGCUAAAUGAUGUAAAUGUAAUGUAAAUGAUGUCUUGAGAUGUUGCUUCAAUAUAUCCACAUAUUUUUCCUUCCUCAUGAUGCCAUCUAUUUUGUGAAGUUUUUUUCUGAGGUCUUGGCUGAUUUAUUUUGAUUUUCCCAUGAUGUCAAGCAAAGAGGCACUGAGUUUGAAGGUAGGCCUUGAAAUACAUCCACAGGAACACCUCCAAUUGACUCAAAUGAUGUCAAUUAGCCUAUCAGAAUCUUCUAAAGCCAUGACAUCAUUUUCUGGAAUUUUCCAAGCUGUUUAAAGGCACAGUCAACUUAGUGUAUGUAAACUUCUGACCCACUGGAAUUGUGAUACAGUGAAUUAUAAGUGAAAUAAUCUGUCUGUAAACAAUUGUUGGAAAAAUUACUUGCGUCAUGCACAAAGUAGAUGUCCUAACCAACUUGCCAAAACUAUAGUUUGUUAACAAGAAAUUUGUGGAGUGGUUGAAAAACGAGUUUUAAUGACUCCAACCUAAGUGUAUGUAAACUUCCGACCUAAACUGUAAGUUGAAUGCACUGAUUGUAAGUCACUCUGGAUAAAAGCAAAAUGACUGAAGUGUAAAUGUGAUCCUUCUUAUUUUCUGUAGCUGGGCAAUGCCCUGCGCAGCCCCUUCAUGAAGUUUGUGGCCCAUGCCGCCUCCUUCAUCCUCUUCCUGUGCCUGCUGUUGUUCAACGCAUCAGACCGCUUCGAGGGCAUCACCACCAUGCCAAACGUGACCGUCACUGACCAUCCCAUGCAGAUCUACCGGGUCAAGACCACUGAAUUCAGCUGGACCGAGAUCCUCAUCAUGGUCUGGGUCACAGGUGAGAUAACAUUUUGUGGUACUGUGAAGGGUUGACGGCACCAGAGGGGCUUGAAAAGGUGUGGUCAAAGGCAAGGAGAUAUAUCAGAGUCAUGUUUCAGGGUGCAAAAAUAUUCCAUAAAGCUUCAUAUUGAAUUUGGCCUUUACUGCAAUAGGCCAUAAAAUUGCAUUAAAUAACACAUUCAUAAAUUACAAAACAGACAGUCAAAAAGUAAAUCAUAAGGAAUAAGGUUUUGAAAUGUCUAUCCUAUAUUUAGGAGAUAUAAUAAGCUUCAUGAGGUAGUCACCUGGAAUGCAUUUCAAUUAACAGGUGUGCCUUGUUAAAAGUUAAUUUGUGGAAUUUCUUUCCUUCUUAAUGCUUUUGAGCCAAUCAGUUGUCCAUAUUAUGGCAAUAACAGCUCAAAUAAGCAAAGAGAAACGGCAGUCCAUCAUUAAUUUAAGACAUGAAGGUCAGUCAAUCCAGAAAGUUUCAAGAACUUUGAAAGUUUCUUAAAGUGCAGUCACAUCAAACACUAUGAUGAAACUGGCUCUCAUGAGGACUGCCACAGGAAAGGAAGACCCAGAGUUACCUCUGCUGCAGAGGAUAAGUUCAUUAGAGUUAACUGUACCUCAGAUUGCAGCCCAAAUAAAUGCUUCACAGACACAUCUCAACAUCAACUGUUCAGAGGAGACUGCGUGAAUCAGGCCUUCAUGGUCGAAUUGCUGCAAAGAAACCACUACUAAAUGACACUAAUAAGAGAAUAAGAGAUUGCUUGGACCAAGAAACACGAGCAAUGGACAUUAGACCGGUGGAAAUCUGUCCUUUGGUCUGAUGAGUCCAAAUUGGAGAUUUCUGGUUCCAACCGCCAUGUCUUUGUGAGACGCAAAGUAGGUGAACGGAUGAUCUCUGCAUGUGUGGUUCCCACUGUGAAGCAUGAAGGAGGAGGUGUGGUGGUGUGGGGGUGCUUUGCUGGUGACACUGUCUGUGAUUUAUUUAGAAUUCAAGGCACAUUUAACCAGCAUGGCUACCACAGCAUUAUGUAGCGAUACGCCAUCCCAUCUGGUUUGCGCUUAGUGGGACUAUCAUUUGUUUUUCAACAGGACAAUGACCCAACACACCUCCAGGCUGUGUAAGGGCUAUUUGACCAAGAAGGGGAGUGAUGGAGUGCUGCAUUAGAUUACCUGGCCUCCACAAUCACCUGAAAGUGGUGGCAAUUGUUACUGAGUGGACUAUCCUGGUUAGAUUAAAAUUAAAUUAAAUAUAGCAUUUAAAACACAGCAGCUGUAUGGCACAAUCGUCAGGAGACUAUCUCUGCCUUUAAAACACUGAUAUAAACACUGACAGUAAUGAGGUCUUUUCAAUGAAAAGUGAACAAUUUCAAUUCACUUUCCAUAGCUUCACUGGUCAGUUGUACUUAAUGCUUAACAGCCAGACUGAUCUAAAUUGGAACGAGCAGGUGACAAUGCAUACUUGCGAGCGAGAGGAUCGGGGAACUCUCUGGGGAGAGCGAAAUCAGUUGAGAUUUUGGCGAGGAGCAGUCUUCAGUCCCCCUGCGGCUCCCGGAAGAUUGAAAUACCAAUUAUGGUGACACAUCCGCAAAUGGACCUUCUCCUUCCUCUCCUCUACCCAACAGUCUCCAUUCUGUUCUCAGCAUGGGGAAGAUUCCAGGAUUGUGUUCAUUUGGCAUCAAAUGGAAGAAAACGGACUGAAACAGGCAGGAACUACCUGGACUUGUCCAAUAAGAAACACCAAUUUUAGUUUUCUGUUGCAAAAUGUUUUAAAUCGGUUUCCGUUGCGUGCCCAAAUGAACACGGCCCUCAUCGGACCCGGUCGAGGGUGACACCAUUGACAGGUACUGCAGGUUUUGACUAGAUUGGAUACAGUUUAUCCCUAAAUCUACUUUUCGUAGCAAGUUAGGCAAACUUACAUAGCAGGUUAGGAAAAUUAACGUAGCAGGUUAGGAGAAUUAGGUUAAGGUUAGGAAAAGGGUUAAGGUUAGGGUUAGCUAAAAUGCGAAACAUUUAAACUUUUGAUGUCAAUUUGACAUAAGCUGUAUUCUAUCUAGACAUGACCGAUGUUGCGAGGUCGCUCCGCCAUUAAAGAUGCAUCUCGUUUGGUCGGAUAGGAAGUUAUUAUAAUGAGUCACUACCGGCCUUUUGACAUGACCCAAGAGGUCCUCUGACCUUCAUUUACCAAACCACAGGACGGUAUGAAGAUGGGCAGAAACUGCUUUUCCAAUAGAAAUCCCUGAUCUCACUUGUAGGCGGUAUCAUGGGGAUGUUGGCUAGCUAAGCUCAUGUGCAGAAGCACGUCAUCAAGUCUAACGGUCAUCUUGUGCCGAACUGCACAUGUGCAGGGCGUCAAAUCAAAGGCAUUCCUUCGAUAUAAAGUUGUUUUUCACAAAAAUGAAAGCGGGUCAGUUUGUCACUUUCAACUACUUAAGACAUUGGCUCGGUUGUGCCUUUAGAUUUUGCGAAAAUUAACAACUAAGGAAGAAUCUUUCACUUCUCUCAUUGACUUCUCAAACUCCGGCCUGGUCUGCUUGGUCUGUUUCGCAAGCAUUCCCGGAAGUCUCACGAUGUUGCACCUCUGGGUUUAGAAACUCUGUGACCAAGCAUCUAAAUGCAAGAUCAAUUGUCUCUGAGGAGGGAACAUUUCUUCCUUUUUCUCUCCCCCUAUGACGGAUUGAGUGAACAAAUCGAUGCAGUGACUAUGCCUAUGUUCCAUCUUCUGAAUUUUGAAUGGCUAUGUAACGCACAGUUCAGACGUCGAAUUUAUGGUGCGUCAAACUGAAUAGAAAUUAAUAGCGGGCUGGCAUGAUUGAGAGCUUUGCUUGAUACACCGAUUGGUUUCAUACAACCCCACUCUCAACACUGCAGACUUCCUAGUUGUUUUUGGGCCGAAUUCAGGCAUAACAACGCCCUCUUGUGUAAAAGAAACCACAAAGUUUAUUGCAGUAAAAGGUAUGUUUGAAACAGUGAAUAUGAUUGGUUUAAUGUGUCUCGGUUAACAUAACGUGUCUUCAGAUUGCUUAACUCCCUUUUACUAUCACAAGGAAGCUUGAUAAGUAGCCUUUCUGUAAUAUCUGAAAUUAUUGGAUAGCCUUUGCUGUGAUGAAUACAGUGUAGCCUUAUUAGGAACUGUGUUUCAGAUAUCUCUAUAAAGCUCUUAUAAUGAAAGGUGCUAUGUUAAUAGUUCAAACGCAGCGCUAUCAUCGCACCGAACUAACAAAAGUCUUCCAACUGCGAAUCCGAGGCCAUGAUUGUUCUUCCGUUGUAGGUGUGGUAGUGAAGCAAUUUUUAUUUGCACGCAAUUAACAUUAUUAAUAUGCAUUACCAUUACUCCUGACAGUAGAAGAACUGCUCUGACGCGCUGCAUGAAACAGGGGCACGCUUGACCCGCACUGCGCCGAAAGAGCGGCAGAGCAAGGUUAUUAUAGUUUUGUGAAUUAAUAUUUGUUUUUAUUUGUCUUUUUUUUUUUUUUGAAAUUCAGUUUAGUUUCAGUUAGUUUUCAGACUUGAUUUACUCAUUUUUAUUUAGUUUCAGUUUGAUAAAAAAAUAUAUAUUUAGUUUUUAUAUAAUUUAGCUAAAGUUUAAGUUUUAGUGUUAGGGAAAAAAAGUAGCCAUUUUGUGGGAGGCUAGGAGCCAUUUAUGUGUUGUAGGCCUAUAGUUAUUUUUUUGGGGGGUGUCUUCUUGCCACUUGAGGGCAGUAAUACAUAAGGGGAUGGGAGAGGACGAUAGACUUGGACAGAUGUAACAUCUCUAUCUGUAUCAUGAUGGCAUCAGUGAGAGCAUGUGCAGCGCCAUUGAGGCCAUCUCCGUCUUGAAAAAUAAAAUGUUCUUCUUCAUAAGUAAAAUUUGUUGGCUGAUCCCAUCUGAUGACCCGGCUGUUACGAAUCCAACCGGGUCAUCAGGUCAUGCCAACCAGGUCAUCAGGAGGGAUCAGCCAAUGAAGAUGGAAGUCCCGCCCAGUUGGCUAAAUCAAAAUGGUGAAAGUUCUAAAUUGCGCAGCCCAUGCUAACACAGGCUUUUAGCCAGUAGAGGACUCCAUACAACUCCAUGGCCAGGACAUAGGUUUAGUUAGGUUUAAAUUAUAAAUCAAUUCUAAUGUGACUUGGAUUUAAAGGAUAAGCGCCUACACUGGUGCACGAAAUAUGGUGGAAGGAAACUCUCUUUGGUAGUAUACACUACCAUUCAAAAGUUUGGGGCCUCACAGGUCCUCAAUUGGCAGAUUCAUUAAAUAGUACCCGCAAAACACCAGUCUCAACGUCAUCAGUGAAUAGGCGACUUCGGGAUGCUGACCUUCUAGGCAGAGUUGCAAAGAAAAAGCCAUAUCUCAGACUGGCCAAUAAAAACAAAAGAUUAAGAUGGGCAGUCUGAGAUAUGGCUUUUUCUUUGCAACUGCCUAGAAGGUCAGCAUCCCGGAGCCGCCUCUUCACUGUUAACGUUGAGACUGGUGUUUUGCGGAUACUAUUUAAUGAAGCUGCCAGUUGACGACCUGUGAGGCGCCUGUUUCUCAAACUAGACACUCUAAUGUAUUUGUCCUCUUGCUCAGUUGUGCACCGGGGCCUCCCACUCCUCUUUCUAUUCUGGUUAGAGACAGUUUGCGCCGUGAACGGAGUAGUACACAGCGUUGUACAAGAUCUUCAGUUUUUUGGCAAUUUCUCGCAUGGAAUAGCCUUCAUUUCUCAGAACAAGAAUAGACUGACGAGUUUCAGAAGAAAGUUAUUUGUUUCUGGCCAUUUUGAGCCUGUAAUCGAACCCACAAUUGCUGAUGCUCCAGAUACUCAACUAGUCUCAAGAAGGCCAGUUUUAUUGCUUCUUUAAUCAGCACAACAGUUUUCAGCUGUGAUAACAUAAUUGCAAAAGGGGUUUCUAAUGAUCAAUUAGCCUUUUAAAAUGAUAAACAUGGAUUAGCAUACACAACUGUAUUUCUGAUCAAUUUGAUGUUAUUUUAAUGGACAAAAAAAUUGUCUUUCUUUGGAAAACAAGGACAUUUCUAAGCGACCCCAAACUUUUGAACGGUAGUGUAUGUAGGACGAAUCAAAUACCUUUACCUUUAUCUGACAGAAAGGAGGGAGAAAAAAAAAACUAAUGAACUCAUGGCACAUUAGACAUGUUGUGUUUAUGUAAUAUUAAACAUGUGUCAUUGACUAACCUCUUCAAAUAUGGUUAAUAAAAACAGUUGCAACAAUAGCAAAAACAUAAGCAAUACAACCAAACAAGAUUUUCUGGUUUAUCUUCAAGAAGACUGUGUUUCAGAGAGGUGGUCGUUCGAUUUCUCAAGAUGACAUGCUGAAUAAUGUCUUGAAUGCUUGGGAUGCAGGGGCAGAAACCAGAUCCAGUUCCACAGGGCACAGCUUUGGAUGAACAGCCAUCAUUGCCUGCCAGAACUGGAGAGGUGACUCUUCCAGGUAUUUCUGCAGCGCAUACGGGGCACUUAAUGCCCUGCCAGGUUGACCCCCGUAUGGACAGCGACCUCAGACACAAUCUUCGAUGUGAGGAAAUCUUUAUUUCUCAAGAACUGUGUUUGAGAUGCUUGCUGGAUUCAUCGUGCUGGCAUCUUGCUGGGGUCCUGCUGCUCCACACUCUCUGAUUUGCUGAAGUACAAAAGACUCUGCUUCCCUCAUCAGUGGCCAUCACUGUUGAGCGAAGGGCCAGAGACACACUUAGGUCCAUCAGGCAAGCUGCUGCAGGGAUUGGAUCGAAGUUGGCUGCCAGAGGAUUCAGUAUGCAUGCAAAGCACUCACACAGUGACUUCAGGAGGACCUGUGUCAACUGUUUUGCAACAGUAGUUGACUGCAAUUGUGCCUCAAGGUUGAGAAGGCACGGCACCACAUCAAACAGCAUGUCAGUUUGAAGUUGGUCGGUGUGGAUUGCGAACAGCUCCUGCAACUUCAAGCUGCGCUAGCUUAGCCCAGUCACGCACUACUGGCAGCAUUUACCCGCCAGAUUCAGAAGCUCGAAAACCCCAUUAUAGUUUAGAAGAAACAAAACGUAAUUUUUUAUGGUUUUUAUUUAAUUUUAGUUAGUUUUGCAGUCAAAGAUAAUAGUUUCAGUCUAGUUUUAGUUUUUCUGAUGUUUUUUAUUAUUAAUUGUUUCACUACAUUUACAUUUAGCAGAUGCUCUUAUCCAGAGCGACUUACAGGAGCAAUUAGAGUUAAGUGCCUUGCUCAAGGGCAUCUCGACAGACUUUUCACCUAGUCAGCUCAGGGAUUAAAACCAGCGACCUUUUGGUUACUGGCCCAACGCUCUUAAACGCUAGGAUUUUCCUUUUCAGCGUAUACUAAAUAGUUUUUCCAAUGUCUUUUUUUAUUUUUUUUAUUUUUAUUUUUUAUUUUUUACUAUAAUAACCUUGCUGCCGAACUAUUGCCAAAAGUCAGACGAGGUGCACUGCAUAGUUUCAAAUGGCACUCUAUCCCCACUCUUCAGUCCAAAGAGAAAGUGGCAUAUUUUUUUGUUCGGUGCGGCGAUAGAGCUGUGUUUGUACUAGGGCUUAGAGGUUUUAUUCUGUAGUGAUUCAGUAAAUGCACAGAUAGAUUAAUUAAGUUGAUUUAAUAAACAAAUUAACCUAUUGUCAGGCCCUCAAGGUGGUUUCAUUAGGUAGACAUUAGGUGGUUACUGAAUCAACACACUGCAGUCUCACUAUUGCCAGAUGAUUCAAUGGUCAUGUUAAUUAGGGCACGACAUAGCAAGGGAAAACAAAAGCCUGCAUUUCUUAUUGGAUACGUCCAGAUAGUCCUUCCUCGUUUCAGACCUUUUUUUUCAGUUUUUAACCUAAGAAACACAACCCAUGUCCUCUUGUUGUUGUUACCUCUGCAGAAAUGUUUCUCUCAGUUUCAGAACCUUUUAAUCUGUUUGGUGCCUAUUGAACACAACCCACAACUUUGUUGCCUCCUCUGCAGGGAUGAUGUGGUCGGAGUGUAAGGAGCUGUGGACAGAGGGGCCCAGGGAGUACACCCAGCAGCUGUGGAACGUUCUGGACUUCGGCAUGCUCUCCAUCUUCAUUGCCGCUUUCACAGCCCGGUUCUUUGCCUUUGUACAGGCCACCAGAGCCCAGCAGUACGUCAACGAAAAGAUCCACGCCACCGACCUCUCCCUGGUGACCCUACCCCCGGAGGUCAAAUACUUUACCUACGGUGAGAGAAGAGCUCUUGUAUACAUUUUUUCCUCAAAUCAGGAUGCACCCAAUCAAAUGUUAUUUGUCACAGAAAUAGUGACACGAGCAAUAAAUACACAGUGAAUAAUGAAUAACAUUAACAAGUAAAAGUAACAUGGCUGUAUAGAGAGUACCAGUACCGAGUCGAUGUGCAGGGGUACGAUGUAAUUGAGGUUGCUAUGUUCAUAUAGGUAGGGGUAAAGUGACUAGGCAACAGUAUAGAUAACAGACAGUAGCAGCGUCGUGUGUGUGUGUAUGUGUGUGUUGGGAUGUCAGUGUAAGUAUGUGUGAGAGUAGAGUCCAGUGUGUGUGCAUGGAGUGCAAGAGAGUUAGUGCAAAACAGUGUAAAAGCAGGUAGUCCGGGUAGCCAUUUUAUUAGCUAAUUAGCAGUCUUGUUUAGCAGUCUUAUGGCUUGGGGUUAGAAGAUGUUCAGGGUCCUGUUGGUUCCAAACUUGACAACAGUGUAUGGCUUGGGUGGCUGAAGUCUUUGACAAUUUUUUGGGCCUUCCUCUGACACCGCCUGGUAUAGCGGUCCUGGAUGGCAGGGAGCUCAGCCCCAGGGAUGUACUGGGCCAUACUCACUACUCUCUGUAGCGGCUUGCGGUCGGGUACCUUGCAGUUGCCAUACCAAGCGGUGAUGCAGCCAGUCAAGAUGCUCUCAAUGGUGCAGCUGUAGACUUUUUUGAGGAUCUGAGGGGCCAUGCCAAAUAUUUUCAGCCUCCUGAGGGGGAAGUGGCACAAACGUGCCCUUUUCACAACUGUGGGGAUGUGUAUGGACCAUGUUAAUUCCUUAAUGAUGUGGACAAAGAGGAACUUGAAGCUCUCGACCCGCUCUAAUACAGCCCCAUCGAUGUGGAUGGGGGCAUACUCGCCCCUCCAUUUCCUGUAGUCCACGAUCAGCUCCUUGCUGUAGUUGAGGGAGAGGUUGUUGUCCUGGCACCAAACUGCCAGGUCACUGACUUUCUCCCUACAGGCUGCCUCAUCAACAUUGGUGAUCAUUCGUACCACCGGCUUGUCAUCAGCAAACUUGAUGAUGGUGUUGGAGCCGUGCGGGCCACGCAGUCGUGGGUGAACAGGGAGUACAGGAAGGGACAAAAGCAUACUCCCCUGAGGGGCCCCGUGUUAAUGGUCAGCGUGUCGGAUGUGUUGUUGCCUACCCUCACCGUCUGGGGGCGGCCUGUCAGGAAGUGCAGGAUUGAGUUGCAGAGGGAGGCGUUCAGUCCCAGGGUCCUGAGCUUGGUGAUGAGCUUGGAGUGCACUAUGAUGUUGAAUGCUGAGCUGUAGUGAAUGAACAGCAUUUUUACAUGGGUAUUCCUUUUGUCUAGGUGGGUGAGGGCAGUGUGGAUCACAAAAGAGAAGGCGUCAUCUGUGGGUCUGUUGGGACGGUAUGCGAAUUGGAGUGGGUUCAGGGUGUCUGGGAUGAUAGUGUUGAUGUGAGCCAUGACCAGCCUUUCAAAGCAUUUCAUGGUUAUAGAUGUGAGUGCUACGGGGCGAUAGUAAUUUAGGCAGGUUACCUUGGCGUUCUUGGGCAUGGGGACUAUGGUGGUCUGUUUGAAACAAGUUGGUAUUACAGACCAUUUCAGAGAUGGUUGAAAAUGUCAGUGAAGACACUUGCCAGCUGGUCAGUGCAUGAUCAGAGUACGCGUCCUGGUAUUCCGUCUGGCCCCGCGGCCUUGUGAAUGUUAACCUGUUUAAAGGCCUUACUCGCUACUUAGAGCGAGAUCACACAGUCAUCCGGAACAGCUGGUGUUCUCAUGCAUGGUUCAGUGUUGCAUGCCUCGAAGGAGCAUUUAAGGCUUUUAGCUCGUCUGAUAGACUCAUGUCGCUGGGCAGCUCACGGCUGGGUUUCCCUUUAUAAUCCAUGAUAAUUUACAAGCCCUGCCUCAUCCGUCGAGCAUCAGAGCCGGCGUAGUAGGAUUCGAUCUUAGUCCUGUAUUGAUGCUUUGCCUGUUUGAUGGCUCGUCGGAGGGUGUAGCGGGAUUUCUUAUAAGCUUUGGAUGAAUGUCCCGCUCCUUGAAAGUGGCAGCUCUAGCCUUUCGCUCAGUGCGGAUGUUGCCUGUAAUCCAUGGCUUCUGGUUGGGGUAUGUACAGUUGAAGUCGGAAGUUUACAUACACCUUAGCCAAAUACAUUUAAACUCAGUUUUUCACAAUUCCUGACAUUUAAUUCUAGUAAAAAUUCCCUGUCUUAGGUCAGUUAUGAUUACCACUUUAUUUUAAGAAUGUGAAAUGUAAGAAUAAUAGUAGAGAGAAUGAUUUAUUUCAGCUUUUAUUUCUUUCAUCACAUUCCCAGUGGGUCAGAAGUUUACAUACACUCAAUUAGUAUUUGGUAGCAUUGCCUUUAAAUUGUUUAACUUGGGUCAAACAUUUCGGGUAGCCUUCCAGCAGCUUCCCACAAUAAGUUUGGUGAAUUUUGGCCCAUUCCUCCUGACCGAGCUGGUGUAACUGAGUCAGGUUUGUAGGCCUCCUUGCUCGCAAACGUUUUUUCAGUUGUGCCCACAAAUGUUCUAUAGGAUUGAGGUCAGGGCUUUGUGAUGGCCACUCCAAUACCUUGACUUUGUUGUCCUUAAGCCAUUUUGCCACAACUUUGGAAGUAUGCUUGGGGUCAUUGUUCAUUUGGAAGACCCAUUUGCGACCAAGCUUUAACUUCCUGACUGAUGUCUUGAGAUGUUGCUUCAAUAUAUCCACAUAAUUUUCCUUCCUCAUGAUGCCAUCUAUUUUGUGAAGUGCACCAGUCCCUCCUGCAGCAAAGCACCCCCACAGCAUGAAGCUGCCACCCCCGUGCUUCACGGUUGGGAUGGUGUUCUUCGGCUUGCAAGACUCCCUUUUUCCUCCAAACAUAACGAAGGUCAUUAUGGCCAAACAGUUCUAUUUUUGUUUCAUCAGACCAGAGGACAUUCCUCCAAAAAGUGCGAUCUUUGUCCCCAAGUGCAGUUGCAAACCGUAGUCUGUCUUUUUUAUGGCGGUUUUGGAGCAGUGGCUUCUUCCUUGCUGAGCGGUUUCCUCCAGCAUCUUCACAAGGUCCUUUGCUGUUGUUCUGGGAUUGAUUUGCACUUUUCGCACCAAAGUAGGUUCAUCUCUAGGAGACAGAGCACGUCUCCUUCUUGAGCGGUAUGACGGCUGCAUGGUCCCAUGGUGUUUAUACUUGCAUACUAUUGUUUGUACAGAUGAACGUGGUACCUUCAGGUGUUUGGAAAUUGCUCCCAAUGAUGAACCAGACUUGUGGAGGUCUACACAUUUUUUUCUGAGGUCUUGGCUGAUUUAUUUUCAUUUUCCCAUGAUGUCAAGCAAAGAGGCACUGAGUUUGAAGGUAGGCCUUGAAAUACAUCCACAGGUACACCUCCAAUUGACUCAAAUUAUGUCAAUUAGCCUAUCAGAAACUUCUAAAGCCAUGACAUCAUUUUCUGGAAUUUUCCAAGCUGUUUAAAGGCACAGUCAACUUAGUGAAUGUAAACCUCUGACCCACUGGAAUUGUGAUACAGUGAAUUAUAAGUGAAAUAAUCUGUCUGUAAACAAUUGUUGGAAAAAUUACUUGUGUCAUGCACAAAGUACAUGUCCUAACCGACUUGCCAAAACUAUAGUUUGUUAACAAGAAAUGUGUGGAGUGGUUGAAAAACUAGUUUUAAUGACUCCAACCUAAGUGUAUGUAAACUUCCGACUUCAACUGUACAUACGGUCACUGUGAAGACAACGUCGUCGAUGCACUUAUUAAUGAAGCCGGUAACUGAUGUGGUAAAACUCCUCAAUGUUAUCGUAUGAAUCCCGGAACAUAUUCCAUUCUGUGCCAGCAACAUAGUCCUGUAGCUUAGCAUCCGCUUCCUCAGACCACUUCCGUACUGAGCGCAUCACUGGUACUUCCUGUUUGAGCUUUUGCUUGUAAGCAGGAAUCAGGAGGAUAGAGUUAGGGUCUGAUUUCCCAAAAGGAGGGCGAGGGAGGGCCUUGUAUGCGUUUCUGAGUGUGGAGUAAAGGUGAUUUAGAGUUGUGUUGCCUCUAUUUGCACAGGUGACAUGCUUGUAAAAAUCUGGUCAAACGUAUUUCAGUUUUCUUGCAUUAAAACGCGGCCUCUGAAUGUGCAUUUUCUUGUUUGUUUAUGGCCCUAAACAGCUCGUUGAGUGUGGUGUUAGUGCUAGCAUUGGUUUGUGGUGGUAAAUAGACAUCUACGAAAAAUAUAGAUGGAAAGUCUCUUGUUAAAUAGUAUGGUCUGGAGUUUAUCAUGAGGUAUUCUAACUCAGGCAAGCAAAAACUGUAGGCUUCCUUAACAUUAGAGAUCACGCAUCCCUCCCCCUCUCGCCUUACCCAAGUCUGACGUCUGAUCUUGACGAUGCAUAGAAAAACCAGUGAGUUGUAUAUCCAUGUCCUCGUUCAGCCACGACUCUGAGAAACAUAGGAUAUUACAGUUUUUUCAGGUCCCGUUGAUAGGAUUGUCUCGAAUGGAGCUCAUCCAGUUUGUUCUCCAGUGACUGCAUGUUCGCCAACAAAACAGAGGUCAAUGGUGGUCUACUUGCUCGCCGACGUAGUCUCGUCAAGACACCACCUUGCUUGCCUCUCUUUCGCCGCUGCUUCCUCUUCCGAGUCCCAUGGAUCAGGGCCUGGUCCGUGGUAAGCAAAAUGUCCAAAGCUGUCAACUCGUUGAAGUAGAAAUCGUCAUCAAAUCGAGGUUAAUUAUCGCUGUUCUGAUGUCCAGAAGCAGUUUUCGGUCAUAUAAAAUGAUGGCGAGAAACAUUAUGUACCAAAAAAUGUAAGAUCAGCAGGUUUUAAAUUUUUUUAUAGCAGAAUUCGUCAGGAGCCGUAAGACGGCAGCUAUCCACUGCAGCGCCAUCUUCUUAUACCCGUGAUACAGUUGAGACAAGUAGGCAUCUUACACACAUCUACAAAUACCACCACAAAUGUCAAUACUAAUUUUUCCUAACCACUUGCCCUGCAAGACGUGUAACGGUGUUAUCAAUGAUUAUGCUUAAGGGCAGGCACACUAAUCUCAAGAAUCAUUAGAUUAUUAACACAGGUUAAGCUCUAAUUGUCUAAUUGUGCACAGUGAGAUACACGUACAUAAUUAUUUUAAGUGCAACAUCAUCCACCUGGUACACUGCACACAGAAGGGAGAAAAAGGAUCAUUAGAUAUAUCAUUAGAACAUGCAAAAGGGCAACAUUUAAAAUCACACAAACACCUGUUUUUAAUUUGACAUUGAGAGCAUAAGUGGCCUAUGCAAAUAGUGGUAGCAUUUUAUUUUAUAGUCCUGUUUCAUUUAGUUUUACCUGAUAUUUACUGAGAAAUUACGAGGUUUACUGAGAAAUUAUAUGUAUUGAUGCUUGUGUUGAUGAAUCCUAAAGAAACAAAAGACUACUUUUAGGGGAAUUAUUAUAUAAUUACAAUUUGCUGUGUUACUUCAAAGCCCACAAAGACCUAGUCGGACUGUAAAACAAAGUGUAACCCAACCAUUGUGUAGAACAGUCAUAUAGCACAAUGCAUUAAACACAUUGUACAUGUUACUGUGAGUGAUAAGAAAACGACUGACUGUUGCCCAUUCUUCCACGUAGCAAGGGACAAAUGGCUGCCGUCGGACCCCCAGCUGAUCUCAGAAGGACUGUACGCCAUCGCUGUGGUGCUGAGCUUCACACGCAUUGCCUACAUUCUGCCGGCUAAUGAGAGCUUUGGACCACUCCAGAUCUCCCUGGGCCGCACGGUCAAAGACAUCUUCAAGUUUAUGGUCCUGUUCAUCAUGGUCUUCCUGGCGUUCAUGAUCGGCAUGUUCAUCCUCUAUUCUUACUACUUGGGUGCCAAGGUCAACCCGGCCUUCACCACGUGAGUGAUAUAGCAGACAUAUAGAGGACACUUGUGUAUAGAGGAUACUUAUUGGAAUAGACGUAUGGGGAGAUACUUAUGGGGACAGACUUAUGGGUACUCACCACAUAAGAGAACCUUAAUUGAUGGUCACUCAGGGAGGUCUGGAGUCAGUGACAGGAACUACUCCGUACACAGUUACUGUGUAUGGACUGACAGUCAGUAGGGAGGCUUUGUACACAUUCAACCAUACUGUUUUGUCCCCAAAGCCCCUAAAAUGAAUACACUUCUAAAACAUAAGACUAGAGAAUAAGAUUGGUACACAUUUAUAAAGUAAGACUGCCUGGGACCUAUCUACAUUAAACACAUUUUUUUUUAAAUUCAACAAAUGAGUUCUCCAUUCAUGUAGGGAGCUCUUUUCUUCCUCUAUUGAGCCCAUUCAUGCAGUGCUAGCUCACUCAGUCUAUCGACUCAGUCAUUGUAGUGCAGAAUCAAGUUGAAAAUGGCCCACCUUGGACUCCCUUUCUAAGAGUUCCUCAAAACUGAAUUGGAAAAGGCACCGCCGAGCUUGUGGCAGCUCAGCAAAAAUAACUAAUUUCACACUGGAGUGGAUUACCGCCAAGGUUACUCUUUCCAAGCUGAGGCUGAGAAAAUGAAAUCCUUCCCAUUGUUAUGGUUAUUGUUUUCCUGAAUUGUCUUAGUGUCCAUAUUGAAUUUCAUUAGGGCCCCGUGUAGCUCAGUUGGUAGAGCAUGGCGCUUGCAACGCCAGGGUUGUGGGUUCGUUUCCCACGGGGGGCCAGUAUGAAAAAUGUAUGCACUCACUAACUGUAAGUCGCUCUGGAUAAGAGCGUCUGCUAAAUGACUAAAAUGUAAUUAGCCAAGUUGCCUUGGCAUAAAUGGAACACACACACAUCUAACAUUGCCAGGAGUCACAAUGGUCAUUUCUGCCCUUACCAAGGACAUCUGUGGAAAUCAUAUUACACAAAAUAUAAAAUACAGCAACAUCACCUGAAAUAAAAAUAUAUAAUUUCAUGGCAACAAUUCUCACGAAGCUGUCCUUCAAUCUCGUUAUAAAUGUUUCUCGAAGGGACUUUGGCAAACAGAAUACUAUAACACAGGAUGAUGCAGUCAUCUAAUUUUAGUAUUAAGCAAGACAUGCUAAGAUAUUUGGUUCAUUCCCCACACAUCAUACAGCUACAUGUUUGCCCCUUAUAAGUUAGGCUACACAUGAGCACACUUUAUUUGAAGCAGCACUUUAUCGCCUGUCACUUUGGGCAAAAGCUAAAUGUAGUUUAACCACGAAAUAGAAACCCCCAAUCUGAUCAGCCUGUCCUGUAACUUUCUUAUCCCCUUCCUUCCUUGUCACAACAGGGUGGAGGAGAGCUUCAAGACUCUGUUCUGGUCUAUAUUUGGACUGUCUGAGGUGUCCUCCGUGGUGCUCAAGUACAACCACAAGUUCAUCGAGAACAUCGGCUAUGUGCUCUAUGGAAUCUACAAUGUGACCAUGGUGGUG